AUGGCGGUCGAUGGUCCAAGACCAGCAGAGUCUUUGCGGCACUUAGCCUGUUCUCUGGCAGCUUUGAAUCCAGCACCUUGGGAAAAGGUAAGAUAGUAUGCCAUAGUUAUCACUGUGAAGAUCGCCAUUUUAAGUAAAGGACAAAUUGUGUGUAAUGGGCUCCUUAGUGUCUCAGAUGAAUGAGACACGUACAUCAGCUGUUUAGCAAAUUAAGCUCGUUGUUUUCCCCCUUGAAUGCCAAUUUGAAGAUUUGAGCUUUUUUCCCCGUUUUCUAAGGAAGUAAAAAAAGACAGAGGCUGUCUGGCUAAGUAUACUGCUACAUUUUAAAGCACUCUUGCAUUCAGAGUACAGAAUCAUUGUGACUCCAACCUACAAAUAUAACAUGAAACUCUUGCCUUUUUUUAGGUUAAAAAGCUCAGUCGUCUUUGUCCUGCAAGUCCGUCUUCAUCUUCUGAUGUCUUUAUCCUCGAUCAACGUGGUACUGAUGGAAUUCUGGCACUGGGGUUGUUUGCACUUCACUCAGGCUUACAAUACAAAGAGAAAAUAAUGCCUUACUUGGUAGAUGUACUCAAAGGUCUUCCAACAGCAAGGUGGCUGGAAGCUAGGGAGCCUGUACACUUCUCAAAGAGCCCUUUAGCAGGGGAGUUUGCAUUCUGUUUUGUAACACUUAUGAGUGGAUUAGCUGCGCAAGAUAACAGCUUGGAUGGGGACAUUAUCAAACUCCAGCUCAGUCUGUUUGAUACUCUUAUUGACCAAUGCUGUGGUUAUAAAGACCUGACAGAUCCUAAGAAAGGUGAUACUGUAGCUUAAGUAUGCGAUGAAGUAGCUGAGACACUUUUGUCCAAUGGGCAGGUUUCUCCUGCUCUCCCUAGUCACUAAAAAUCCACUGAAAUGCACUUUUCAGAGGCCCCUAAAUUACAAGUUUUACCAUGGAGGUCCUCACCCUGCCAGAAGAGACUCUGUAUGAAACAGGAUAUGAUCUUUCUUGAGCUUGCAUUGCAUGUUACUAGGAUACAGCUUCAAACCCAGGCCUAAUAUCCUUGCCAUUGACACUGUGGGCUCUGUUGUGAACAUCGGUUUAUCAAUAGGCAGAUGCUUGCACUCAAAAACUCAGUUUGACGAGGGAAUACAAAAUUGACUAGUCCAGAAGUUUGGGCUGUACCCUGUGAGCAGAGGCCCUUUGAUCUUCCUAGACAAGCCGGGAAGAGGAAGGUCCCUUCCUCUACCUCUUCCGGACUUAUCUAGGAAGAUCGAAGGGCCUCUGCUUGCAGGGUAUUCAGGCUGUGGCUACUUCAAAGGAUUGACACGAUUCAGGCAGAUUCUCCUCUUCUGCUCUUCAAUCAGGAAGAACACAAAAGGAGGCUCUGCCUGCAGGGUUGUAGGUCCACAGACUCUUCCAAAGGAAUGGGGUGAUACUGCCUCUUAUACCUACCCCCCCAUGUUUGGGCACCUUUCAAUCAAAUCUAUUUACAUGUACUUCAAUAAUAUUAUAAUUCUUCCUUGUUAAAAAUAAUUUUCUGGAGAACUCUUUAGGACAAUGUGGUAUACCAGAAAAUUGUAGGAAGCUCACAUUGGUUGAACCUUUGAUGCCAGCAUUUAUGUUUGUGCAAACAGUUGUAUUGUGGGCAAUUCUAUUGAAUAUCCGCACACUCCCCCUAUAGAUGAGGGACUUUUUUCCUGGGGUUAUUACCUUCACAUUUAUUCUUAGAUACCCUCAGAAAUAGUAUUAUUUUUUUAUGUACCUUUCAGAAAAUAUGGUGAUGUUAUUUGUCCCCUUCAGAAAAGGACUUUUACAGUAUUCUUCAUAAGAAAAACUGUGUUCACCAUGCCUAUGUUGAUGAUGUAGCUCUCCCUUCAGAAAUUUAUUCUUGGUAUUUGCACUCUUCAGAAAUAGGCAUUUUGGACAACAACCCCCUCAGAAAAACCUGUCUCCUAGUAUUGACCCCUUCAGAAAAUCUCAUCUAUCUAAAGGGUGUGGAUAUAAAAUGGAAUGGCCCUGUCUUGGCACCCAAAGGCAAAAGUAAGUCAGCAUACAUCUCCUUCAUCAGUGAUACAGUACCAUACUGGCCCGGGUUGCUCGAAGCAUGGUUAGUGCGAACCAGCGUUAAAUACCAUGGAAACCUAUACAUUUUGAUACCUCUUAACCAACGGUUAGUGCUAACCAGGCUUCGAGCAACCAGCCCCUGGUGGAGAGGGUGCAGUUUAGUUCUACAAUGCUUUGUAGAAAACUGUAGAGAAGGGGAGAUUUAUGUUGUUGUGGGGAAAGUGUCUUGACUAGAAUGAGUCUUGAUGUGAGUGUUGAAUGUUACUUUCUCUCUAUCAUGAAACAUUCACCACCAACUAUUUUGCUCACAAAUGAGUUAUUAAUAAUAGAAUAUUGUUUUUUAUCACCACUUUGUUGGUGUUUACAGCUACUUUUUGUUGCACUACUGUCCCCCUUCUCCUUGGUGUGGCCCAAGCUCUUGGAGUGUCCAGUGUCUAUGUGUCUGACCCCUCCCUGAUUACAACACUACUGUUUCCAAAACACUCUGGUCACAGCACUCCUGAUGAACCUCAGUUACCAAGGGCACUGAGUCGUGCUGCACCAAGACGAUUUCUAAGCUUUCCACAGGGCAACAGAGAUGACAGUUAUCAUUUAUCUGAUACUCAACUAAAUAAUCUCAUAAUGAAAGUAAGUCCUUGGCAGGAGUAGUCUAUAAUAGACCAGUUGUUAAUGAUAUAUGAAAUAAAUCAUAUAUGAACUGCGGAAAUGAAAUGAAGAUGAAGAAAUGAUCAGAUUUACGCAAUUGCAUAAAUUGCGUUCACUGCGACGAUCAUUUCUUCAUCUUCAAUAGACCAGUUAUUAGAAAUGACUUUAAUAUUCUUGUACAGUCAUAUUAGGCAUUGGAUAUGUUCUACUCUGACAUAAAGGCUUCUUAGGCGGGAUAUGUACGUCUCUAGUCUGAGUUUCAAAUAUCAUGGUUUUGUGUUUUAAGGAGUAGGCCAUGUCACUGUUGGUAUUUAACCCAUCUUUAUGUCUUGUGUCACCUUUUCAUAGAGUUGUAUGUCACUGUUUCAAGGCCAUGUUACUUGGCGGAAUUUUACCCUAACACGGCCUCUGACCAGGGUUUUCUUUAAGAAUUCUGGUAGCACGAGAAAGGUGUAACGUUACAGGAGAACAUUUUGAAACAGGCUCCACGUGUAGAUAAAAAUUAGUCAUUGGUUAUUGAACGUUUGCCGGAGAAUUCCGCGUAGUAAAUGGAGAAUUCUCUGAUGUCUGAUACCUAAUGAACAACCUGCCUGACAUGCCUACAUAUAAGCCAUGAUAAUUAGGUGCUUUGUAUCAUGUCCUCAGCAACUUGCAUUAUCAUCGCAUAUUUGUUAGCUCCUGUGUCAUCUCCUGCGAUAUUUAGCAGGAGAAAAUUGAUGUUGAUCACUCAUGGAACCCAAAGUGUUGAGGCAUUUGAUGAUUAAUAUUAUUUUUCUGAACAGGUUGAACAAUUGAUUAACAUGCAAGUUCUUCAAGGAUUAGACCUUCUAUUGUCAGACUGUCUCCAGGUACUGUUCUUGUAAUAAGUUACAGUUUGUCUAUUUUAUUAUUAACAAAUAAAUAAAUAAAUGUUUUCUAUUGUCUAUACUCUUGUAGACCACAUUAAAUGACAAUAAAAUGUUCAAACUUUAGAGAGUUACUGACCAUAAAAUUAUUAUCAGUAACUGGCUACUAUUAGUGAAAGAUUCAUAAUUUCACUGACAUAGAUUCACUCCUUUCUUUUUUCCCAUGUUUGAUAGGCUGGGGUACUACUGAGGAAGUUUCCUUUCCAGAUGUUUAGUGAGGUUAUCCUGCUGUCUAUGAUGACUCUACUGAGAGAUCUCUGUCAGUAUACACCAGGUAUAAAUUUAAUAUUACAUGUAUAUUGUUUCUUAACCCAAGGUAUCCCUUGUGUUGUGGUGGAAGGUUCAAUACUUUCCAACUGAUUUUUUUACCACUAAUUUUCAUCUCUCCAUGACGGAGCUAUACAUAAUCACAGGAUUUUAUUCACAGAUGUGUUAGUCAUACUAGAAGUCUAGAGGUUUUUGUGGAAUUUAAGUUUAGAGUCUAGAGUUUGGAGAAUUGUAGUUCUUUUAGGUUAAACUUGAUAUUAUUUGUCGCCAAUAUGCAGGUCUUUCCAAGAGUGUUGCAAGCAAAGCCCAUGAUGUAGGAAAGAUGGUAUUCACAACAGUUAAAGCUGAAUUUCAGAAGAAAUCAGAGAAUCUCUCUGCUACAUUACCCUGGAAGCUUCAGACUGUUUCAGCCAGCAUUGAUUUAAUGGUCUGGACAGCUGAGCAUGAUGACCAAGGUACAAUAAGUAAAAUUAUUAUACGGUUUCUCACAAUCCAUCUCCUCAUUGGCUGAGAGCCUACAGUUAGUUUUUGAAAUCAGCGCAACCUGCAGAUUAGUUAGUUAUCUGCUAGCAGAUUAUACUAAUCUGUAGGCUGCGUACACAAUCCAUGAUUUUCAAGAGCAAUGUCAAAUUGUGUUCCUUGCGAUGGUGUAUUUGUCUUUAUUUUCUACAAACAAUGUAUAAUAACACAAGCCAUGAGGGCAAUGCCCAAUCAAGAAUUUCCUUCCAUCUCUGUUGAAAAAAGACAAAAUGGCAGGCAGAACUUCCAAAAGGCUUUGUGUGUUCCAUUCCUCCUUCAAUGGGGCUGAUUUUAGUGGGGAGGGGACAGUUCAUUUCAGGUCGUUUGGCGAACAAACUUGGUAGUCCAUUUGGAAUGAACACAAAAUUAUUACAUGGAGUCAUUGGCCUUAUAAUGAUUAUCUAAAUGAUUAUAGUAUUUGAUAUGGUAGUUAAGAAAUAUUUGUUGUAUUUUAGAUGGAGAAACUCUCUGUGAAAAUAUUGCUGACUUCUUGUGCUCCAAUCUGGCUGUCUCCUUUGCCCAGUCAGACAACUUUCUCUUUAUUUUGUCAUGUCUGGAAGGCUUUGCCACAUUAGCGGAAAAAUUACCAACGUUAGCCAGGUGAGGUAGACUACCAAAAG